CAGACGCUCAGAUUGGGGGGGAGGCCUUACCAAAUUAAUUUGCAUAGUGGGGCACUGAAAUAGGCCGUGAUGUGGAAAAAGCAAUGAGGCAAAGUAGGGCAUGGAUCAGCUUUUUAGGAUACGCCGUGCUGAGAGAGAACUCAAGCCGGGUUACACCAGUGGGUGAUGGGGCAAGAAGAAGCUGUGGAGACCGUAUUAAACGCGUGAGAUUCCUUCAGCUGGGCCACAGUGAACCGCAUGGCGUCCCACCACAUUCCUUUAAAACACGACCGUGACUGUUAUGUUACGAAUUUUGGAGGGAUUUGAUCCAUACAUGGAAAUCUGAUCCUUAUGCACCACUGUUGAACUCUUUUAUUCUACACCGCUUGAUGACAGGAGGAGGAUAACGGCAUUUAAAUGUGUUUAUGCUAAUAAUGGCGGUGGCACCGAACUAAACCGUUAGAUCGUGGCACAUUUUUGGGGGGAUUUUUUUUUAAACAGAUCGGCGGGAUGAUGCCUUUGAAAUGUCACAGGAGUAAAUCUGUAUGGGUUACUCUGGGUGUGUUGGUGUUGUGUUGCCUCUACAUCUUUCCCGUGUACAGGAUGCCAAGCGAGAAGGAGAUGAUAGAGGACGUUCUGCGACAGGGACAAAAGUGGAGCAGAAACCAAACGGGAAUCGAUCUGUACAGGAAGUUACUCACAGAAUGCUGUGACCCAAAAAGGAUGUUUGCCGUGACAAAGGAGAACUCCCCAAUUGGCAAAGUCCUGUGGUAUGACGGGGAGCUCUACCAUUACCACACAGUUAACAAUGAGACCUACUCAUUCUUUGUUCAGGAUAUACCAUUUCAGCUUCCUCUGAAGAAGUGCUCUGUGGUGGGCAAUGGAGGUGUCCUGAAACACAGCAGCUGUGGAGGUGAAAUUGACCAGGCUGACUUUAUCAUGAGAUGUAAUCUUCCUCCACUGUCUAAAGAGUAUACUGCUGACGUAGGUACCAGAACACACCUGGUGACAGCUAAUCCUAGCAUCAUUGAAAAAAGUUUUCAGAACCUUCUUUGGUCCCGGAAGGCUUUUGUAGACAGCAUGAAAGCUUAUGGUACCAGCUACAUCUACAUGCCAGCGUUCUCAAUGAAGCCUGGCACUGACCCCUCCCUGCGAGCGUACCAUGCACUUGCAGACUCCGCCUCCAACCAGACUGUUGUUUUUGCCAACCCGGACUUCCUCAAAAACGUUGGUAGAUUCUGGAAGAACCACGGUGUCCAUGGCAAACGGCUCUCCACUGGCCUGUUUCUUGUGAGCCUCGCACUUGGUUUGUGCGAAGAAGUGACCUCUUAUGGUUUCUGGCCAUUUUCUGUAGGGCUGGACAAACAACCAGUUAGCCACCACUAUUAUGAUAACAUCCACCCCACCUCAGGAUAUCACGCAAUGCCGGAGGAAUUUCUACAGCUUUGGCACUUGCAUAAGAGUGGCACUCUGCGUAUGCAUGUUGGCAAUUGUGCAAAAUAGGGGGAGGGGCCAAAGAGGGAAAAAUAAGCGUGAACAUGAGUUCGGAGUUGACACCCCGGAGUUGUCUUUUCUGUUUCUAUUUGCUUGACCCCCUGUAUAUAACCCAAAACACUCAUCCGCUACCAAACCUACCUUCUUGUUGCCAAGGAACUGUUGUAAAGACUUGCAUGUGUACCCAUUCUGAUGUAUACACACUGGAAGCUUGUAGUGUCUUUCAAAAUAAAUUGCCUGAAAAUGGGGACUUAAUUGACAUGUGACUUAUUAAAUGGCAUCCACAAGGAGCCAUUUCUUCACUUAACAUAAAGAUGGGUUGGGGAAGGUAUUAGGAGGCAUAUUAAGAAAAUGAAAUUGGAUAACAUAAAAUGGGAGAAGUGCUUUGACUUUUUAGUGUUUGGUGUACUUUUUGUAUAUUUGGAUUGUUUUAUCUUGAGUACGGAUUAUUUGUUUUAAAUUUGUUGUUUUAUUUUGAGGAAGACAAAUAAGGAAUCAUUAAAAAAUUAUUCUUACAAUGUUCAUAUAUACAAAUGAGUGUAAAAACACAGGUUUAGCCUGGUAAGGGAAGUAGAGUUGAAUGGCGGCCCUGCUGAAAAACAGGUGGAUUGCUGGUCUUAGAUGGUCUCCAAUUGUGGCCAAGCUUGUGUUUGGCUGAUUUAGCUGUUCUCUUAGUGUGGCUAAGUUAGUGUUUAUCUUUUAGUGAUAAGCUGGUCUCCCAUUCUGGCCAAACUGGUUUAGCUGGUCGACCAACUUGACCAGGCUGGUGUUUGUUUGGUUAAGGUGGUCUCCCAGUCUGGACAAGCUGGUUUUCUGCUGGAUUAGCUGGUCUCCCAGCCUGGCCAAGCCGGUCAACCAACCAGACAAAGCUGUUGUAUGCCUGGUUCAGCUGAUCUGCCAGCCUGGCCAAGCUAGUUUAGCUGGUCUUCUAGUCUGGCCAAACUGGUUUAGCUGAUCUCCCAGACUGGCCAAGCUGAUUGGCUCAUGUAUUCUUGUUAGUAUGUUUCUAUUUUGUUUUUUUGUUUUUUUAAAUCUUAGGAAGAGUGGCAUACACUGUGAAGUUACUACAUUGUUGAAAUUGCUUCGCCAUGAAACACAGCUCAUUUCAUACAUGACCAUAGUGUAUUGUAUUUUGCACAGCAUGGGAAGUCAAUAUUUAAAAGUCAAUAUUUAAAAGAUCCCUUCCAAUGCUUAAGGACUUCUUGAAAUAAGAAUGUGGGAUCUUCGAAGACGACAAACCCAUCAGUACUCAAGAGGGCGAUAUAGCUAACUUCAAAUGUCUGCGCCAUUAAACCAGAUGUGUUAUAUUCAGGUAUCUAGAUGUAGACAUGUCAACCAUUUAACUUACAGUUGAAGUAACUUGACUUAGAAGAGAAAACUGACCAUAGAAGAUGUGCGAUAAGAAAUGUGGCAUAUUGCUUGAAAUAUAUCACCCCUUAGGGCAACGCCGAGAAUGCAGUGCAAAAACUUGAAUUCCGACACAUUUCGGAAAACAGCUAUGCGUGAAAUGGAGUUUGUGAAGCUGCAGUUUGUGAAGCUGUUUUUUGGUUAACUUUUUUAAAGUAUGUUUCUGGCCUUAAUAAAUUUGUGUGUUAUUUGUCCAAGCCCUGUUCUUGAAUAGUGGCAUGUAUUUCCAGUAAUUCCCAGUUAUUCUGAUUACCAUAUUUUCACACUUUUUACACAGAUGAGUGCCUGUAUGGAAAAAAGGACAUAAUUUUAUCAAAGACAAGUUUUAAAGAUUUAAAUCUGUUUAUAUUUGUCCCUCAAUCUUAAAUAACCUAAAAGAGUUAUGGAUUAUUACAACUAAGACUGUUGGGGUACAAGUGUAGAGACUUAUGAUUUAUUAAAAUGUUUGACGUUUGAAAUGAAAAUUCUGUAUGGGAAUUUUGAAAUGUCUUAGCAUGCAGUUGUAGAAGGACAAAUUUAUUUUACUGUAACAUAAAUUGCCUGAAAACCCCUUCUUUUUAGCAUUCGUUAAGGUUUGAUGUUGACAAACUGACAAUUUAUCUUUAAUUGUCUUGCACAUUUUUUUGUGUUCAGUAUUGUGAAGGAGUGAUCUAGUUUGUAUGUAGGCAUGCAGGACGGUGAUAUGUAAUUGGUUUUUGAAACUGAUUUUGAGUUGUAAACUCAUUAACUAUUAUUGUAUUUUAUGUUUUGCCCUCUCUGAGCCAUAUGAGGGUGUGUUAAAUCCAUUAUUGAAGAAUAUGGGCAUUUGGAAUUUUUACUCCCAAAAGCUGUAAAUGUGUUCCGUUAUGAUAAUGUUUUGCUCAAGUAUUAUGGUCAUAUUGUUUAAACUUGAGCAUGUCACAAUCUACUAACAUUAAAAUGGAACAUGCCACUUGGGUAAUGACAGUAAAUAGAACAUUGACUCUUUACAUGCACAAUAUUCCAAUAUUAUUCAGAAUUUGCUCAAAUUCAGAUUAAGCGUCAUGUAAAAAUGUAUAAACCUAAUUGUCAUAACCCGAUUAAGUCAAUAUUCAGGUUUCUACGAAUCUGAAUAAAGCAGCUACCUUUAAACAUAUGCCUGUAUUAAUCAGAAUUUUAGAACAUGUAAAUACCUUAUUCAGAUUAUCCACCACGUUGAAGAAUCUGUGCAAAAUCUGCCCAAACAAAGUUAAUUUUGGGUGAUAUUGCAUGCGGAGAGUUUGGAAAACAAUUUACUAACAUAAUACAAACUUCAUGGCCUAAAUUUAAGAUUCGCAUGGCCUACAUUUUGCUCUUGUGGGGUAUUAAUAGGUUGAAUUAAUUACUGUCUAAAAUUAAGUAAAAAAUGUUGUAACAAAUGACAAGAGCUAGCAUCUCCAAUAUUUAAAAAUAAUAAAAAAAGAUUAACAGUUUAGUUCAUUCAGAUUAUGAAUAAUAAAAAAAUAUUUUAAAGGCUUAACCAGAAUAUGGGCCUUUUAUCUGAAAAUGAUGUGCAUGUAAAUGUGGUCAAUGAAAAGAAAAUGUAGUGUUUAAAAGUGAGCAAAACACUGAAACAAUACUGUCAAAUAAUCUGCUGCAGUAUGUCCAGUGGGAAUUGUAUAUGAAUGAAAUAAAAAUAGUUUGU